AUAUUAACAACAAAUAUAGAAAAACCUGUGAAAGAUGUACUUACAGAAAGAUUGCAGAUCCCAGAAAUAUAUAGAUACUUAUACAGAUAUAUAAAGGAAACGCUUGUAAGUAUAUAAUUCUCAAUAUAAAGACACAGCUGAAGGCCAUGGAAGCCAGGGCCGGUAAAACCUUAUAAAAAAAAAUUGUCGUAUGGUGACAAUUGAUUGACAUUGACAUCUAAAGAAACUGUCCAUUCUUUUAUUUUAAAGCAAUAAAAUAAAUCCUUAAUAACGUUUUAAAAUCGUGUUGCUAUUGGUAAAUGCAUGUAAAAAGAUAGAAUUGGUCAUUCAAAAUUGUUUGCUUGACUGAAUGUAUUUAAAUCGUGUAAUGGUCUCCUACGUGAAGUUGUGGUGACGCAAAGUGCCAUUAAAGUUAGAAGAAGAAGAAGAGUCAGAGUAGAAGCAAAACUAAACUGAGCAAAAUACUGGAUUUUGGCGAAAUCCAAAAGGGAAACGCCUGUAAUUAAAAAGAAGAAAAAUUAUUUUAUUUUGUUUUACAUGUUAAUUUAUUCAGUUGACAUUGGCAGAAAUGUGCUGAUAAGCUAUCAAUAAAAGAAGAAGAACAUUUUAGUUCUGUCUACCGAAAAUAAAUUAAUAAUCAAAAUCUGGCUCAAACAAAAAUCUAAAUCAUUAUCUUAAAACUUUGCUUAUUACUAUGGAUAAAUUUAUAGUGCAACCUGGGACAUCUUUAGAUGUAGAAAGAAGUAAGAACUUGGACAUUGAAUUAACAAAUAAGUUUUUAAAUGGACAAAUGUCCUUUGCAGAAUAUUCCAGUGAAUGGUACUGUGAUGAUAAUAAGCAAGACAUUGAAGAUGACAGAAUAAGUGAUGAAGAUACAGUAGGGUCACCAUCUACACAGUCGUCUGAGAAAGUUACUAGGCGCCGGAAAGUCACACGCCUUACUCCAGCUCUUAUGGGUUUAAUGGGUGAAGCAAAUCUGCGGUUUGUGAGAGGUGAAAAAGAAAUUGCUGAAAAAAUGUGCCAUGAAAUAAUAAAAGAAGUUCCUGAUGCAGCUGAGCCUUAUCAAACACUAGCACAAAUUUAUGAAGAUGAUCCUGAAAAAUCAUUACAAUUUUCAUUGUUAGCAGCUCAUCUAAAUCCAAGUGAUGCCAAUGAAUGGUUAAGACUUGCUGCCAUAUCUAAGCAGAGGAAUGAUAUUAAACAAGAAAUGAUAUGUUAUACCCAAGCUAUCAAUGCUGAUCCAAAGAAUUUCGAAAUACAUUUGAAGAGGCUUGAACUUUUAGCAAAAUUGGAGGAAUCAAAAUAUCCUUUAUAUAAUCUUAACAUUAAUCGUGUUAGAUGCUAUCAUAGAAUUGUCACAUCACUACCUGUAACUGAAGGUGCUACAAUCAUGAAAUAUGCUAGACUUGCAGCAUCAAUGUAUCAUGAAAGUAACGAAGUGGAAAAGACUUUAGAAGUGAUGUCAAGUGCAUAUGCAAAGUGUUCCAAAAUUUUUACAGUUGAAGAUCUGAAUAUUCUAUUAGAAUUAUUGAUAGCAAAAAAAGAAUAUAAAACAUGCAUUGAAAUUUUCGUUGGUCAUGUAGGAAUUGAUAUAGAGGCUGAAAUUCAAACAGUCAAAAAGGAAAACAAUGAAAUUGAAGAGCAGACUCAUUAUUUAAAUUGCACCAUUCCAAAUAAUCUGCCAAUAGAUUUGAGAAGUAAAUUAUUAGUCUGUUUUAUACAUCUUGGUGCCAUUAAUUUAGUUCAAACCUUGCUACAUGACUUUUUAUCUAAUGAUGUAGAAAAAGCUGGAGACUUGUACAUGGACAUAGAAGAAGCCCUUUCUGCAGUUGGCUAUCAUGAAUUAGCAAUGCAGCUACUAGAACCACUUGUACAGAAUACUAGUUAUGAUCUUGGAGCAGUAUGGCUUAAACAUGCUGAAUGCUUGUAUAAAUUGGGAAGGGAGGAAGAUGCUAUAGAAUCAUAUUAUAAAGUUCUAAAACAUGCACCUCAACAUCCUACUGCAAGAAAGAAACUUUUUACUAUACUUGAAAAAAAAGGCAGCAUAGAUGAAGCCUUGAACAUAUUACAGCAAGAUUACAAAUAUGUUGUUAAUGCUAGAUUACUCUAUGAACAAUGUAUUGUAUUAAAAAAAUAUGGGAAAUUGCUUAAAUACUUAGAAGUAGGAGAAGCCUUACUUUCAAAAACUUUUCCUAGGUAUAGACAUCAAGCGGAAUUAAAAAUUGCUUUACGUACCAAAGGGGGAGUUGAGCUCAUCCACAAUUUUAGAGUAAUGCGUGGAGAAAAUCCCUUUAAUGAAGAUGAUAUACAUUUUGAUGAAGAAGAGGAAUUUAAAUUCAGUCCUGAGGAGGAAUGGUUAUUUUUCAAAGAAUUAUUAGAAGUUGCUUACAAACAUAAGAAAUAUUCCACUAUGCAAAGGCUUUGUUAUGGAGCUAUCAUGUCUAAAGCCUUAGCACCACACCGCAAAAAUCUAGAAUUUCUAUGCUUCCAGUCAUGUCUCUUAAAUAGUGAUUAUUAUAAUGCAAUGAAGUUCAUUAGAGAAAUAACUCAGAAAAAUCGAAGUCCUAGGACAUGGACUUUAUUAAAUUUUGUACUUAGUGCGGCAGGUGAAUAUUCACAGAUAAAGUUUUUGUACAGGUUAUUUGAUAAAGAUACCAGUAUGGUAAAAAAUCUCUUUCUGGGGAAUAAUUUUUUAACAUCUGGAAGGUACCUUGUGGCAUUGAAAUAUUUCUUAGAAUAUCAUGAGCAAUGUAAAGAACCUAUUUCAGCAUUACUGAUUGCAAUAUCUAAUUUAGUUAUGGCUGCACAAAGAACAAUGGAUAAACACCAUAACUUAAUAGUACAAGGGUUAUGUUACAUGAUGAUUUAUAAUGAAUUGAGAAAAUGCAGUGCCGAAUCUAACUAUAAUAUUGGCAGGGCUUUCCACAUGCUAAACAUUAAUAAUUUAGCCAUUGAAUAUUAUGAAAAAGUCCUGAACAGUGAUCCUAUAUCUAAAUGUUCACAACAUGGAAUUAUAGACUUGAAAAAAGAGGCUGCUUAUAAUUUGAUAUUGUUAUAUAAAGGACAUUCUCCACAAAUGGCAAGGAGGUACUUGACUAAAUAUCUUGUGAUUGAUUGAAAUUAGUAAUGGCACAACUUCAGGAGUUUGGUGUGGAGCAGUCCCUGCUGGUGCUUCAAGGGGGUUUAGUGGGUACCACCUGUGUCUCAGAGCGGUACCGUACGCAUGGAGAGUUCCAUACCCCAC